AUGAAACGCAAGAACCCAAGAUCGUUUGUGCAACAAAUGAGCAGUGAAUACAUUCAACCGAGUAAAUACUUGAUUUGUGAGAAUGAAGAUGACCAUGAAACCGCUUCGAAUAUUGGCACAAGCAGACAAUCUAAAAUCCAAACGAGACUCGUUUCCGAUCAUGAAGAACACCAUCUCGUGUCAGAGUCAGAUCAACACCCAAUUUCCUCUCCGAACAACAAUCAAUUUUUCGAAAUUGGAACGGAUUGUUUGGAAUUAAUUUUUUCAUAUUUGACCUAUCAAGAUAUGGCUUCCAUUCUUUUCAUUUCACAUCAAUGGUGCAACAUCAUCGUUCCACUCUUUUAUGAGGAAACGUUUCAUGUGUUACAAAACAAUGAGCAUUUAAUUGAGCUAAAAAAAGAAGGUAGGGACUAUGAUGAAGAUGGGUAUGAUGGACUCUUCACGGAAAGUGCAACUUGGAAGCCGACGCUUUGUUACGACACAGACGACAAUCUAGAUGCAGCUCGAGAAGAACUAAUUCAAUAUAGUGACUCUGAAGAUGAUGAAGAGAUUGAUGAUGACAAGAGUCACAUUCUGUCAAACUCACCUCAGGAAACCACUGGAAGUUCUGCUUGCACCACAAAUAAUGAAAUCAAAGAUAGUGGUAAUGAUGUUACUAGCUCUCCAAAGAUUUCAAACCUACAACACACGAAUUUCGAUAAGAGACUGCCCUUUGGAACCCCGCUUUGUAAAAACACCAUCCAGGAUCAAUUUUAUCUUGUUCAAGACGCACUUUCUAAAGAUGAAUAUGUAGAGCUCAUUGAACAGUAUUUGAAGAUUAAUAUGAAAGAUACCAUGAAUCAUCAAGAUGGUCACGAACAAUUGUCUCCCCUAUACAUCAAUCCAUUUCUUUUUUAUGAUCAAAUUCAACAUGAGCAAGCGCAAAUUAAGCCUUACAUGUGGGAAGUAGCGAAGGCUGUUCGACGAGAUGGCCGUGGUCCCAUUGUUGUUGGCAAUUUCAGUGGACAUACCAUCUACAGUGACGAUGAAUAUUACGAACAUUAUCAAGCAUCAGACUGGGGUUUUGUGUUUUAUGCAUUGAGAGGAGAAAGUGAUAGUCAAUAUCAUGAAAGAUGGUAUCCGGAUCCUGAAUAUAAAGGACCGUAUUGCAAUGAUGAGCUAGACAGUGAUUUGAAACUAAAUCAUUACGACAUUGCCAAUGCAGUUGAAAAAGAACACAAUACAGAGGACAAUACUCAACAAGAGGCAAACAAGGAAGAAGAGAACGGCGAUAAUAUUAAUCAAGAUGAUGAUGACGAAGACCUUGAUGAUGAAGAGGAUUGGGAUUUUACUGAUGACGAAUCUGAAGAUGAGAAUAUAGAAAAUACAAACUACAUUGAUAACUGCAUGACUGACCUGACAAAUCUUCAACACAAGAAUUCACAUGAUUUUAUUGAUGAUUCAGAAUUGAUCAAGGAUGAAAACAUCGACGCAAAUAUGAAUGACAAUGAAAGAGUCGAUUCUUUGCAAGAUCGUCUUAUUAAGGUCUCCAUGCAAGUCCACGAGGAAGUUUACGGUCAUGAAAAAACACAUUCUGAAAAAUUAUAUUUGAAAAAUUGGUAUGGAAAUGGAAAUUUAUUUUUCGCACAUGCUGCAAAACAUUUAGGAGAUGACAAUCCUGAAAUCUUGAUGAGUGGCCAGGAAGAAGAAAUAGAUGACGAUAAAACAGCAGAAGAUAAUCAACACAAUCCAACAAACACCAGCAAUUCUCAAGGAAUGGUUAAUAUGGAAGAAAAUGUUGCAAAUGAACGUCAAGCAGAUGAAGAGACAAGCAAAGAAUAUCAUUUGAGCGCUUAUUACGAGAACGAUCUUUUAGGUGUAUUGAAGCGUACUUUGCAGAGCAAUGAAAACUGA